UCGCCAUUUACACUCUUUGCAGCCUUUUAAUUUUCUUGUUCUGCAUCAGAUUCCUAAGUUCUGAACCACCGAUCCAAACACAAUCAAAGCUUCCCCAAGAAAAUAAGAAAAGAAAAGGAAAUUAAUGGCAGACAAGCCAAGCCGAUCGCUGAUCGUAUUCGGAGACGGGUUGGCCCGUUUCAUCGACCCAUCAUCACACAUCAACCUUCAUUCUCUCGCUUCCAAUGCUUUCUGCGGUUUCUUGAGCCUCCCCAAUUCCCCUCUCUCAGAAAGCGAGGAAGAGAGGAUAGUUAGAGAGUUUGCUGUAUUGCUGGAUGCAUGUGAUGCUUGUUUAAAUACGAGUGGUAACCAAGAUAAUGCACCAAAACAAACCUUACCUGAUAGGUUUAUGGGAAUGAAAGCUGCUAUAUUGACAAACAAUUCAGGCUUGAAAUCUUUUAGUGCUAAACUUGGCUUCAGUGUUCUUGAGUUAGAUGAGUUAGUGAAGACUAAGGAGUUACAAGACAUUGUGGUCCUUGAGCUGCUCAAGUUGCUUGGCUUUCAAGAAGGAAAGGUGGUGGACGACAACUACUUUGAUCUUGUUUUCCUUCACGUGGGAGCUGGUGAGAAAGUUGAUAGUAAUGACCAAAAGGAGAUUGAUACUGAAAUGGAGUAUGUCAAUGGCUUGGUUGGGGAGAUAAUGAGCCAAGCGCAACCAGGAUCGGACGUUGGUUCUAGGCUACACUUAUCUGUUGUCAUGAGCUAUGGGAAUGUCUUGGAGGGUGAUGACUCCAAGUAUUCGGUGUCAAAGAGGGCAGAUGAGAAGAACUCUUAUCUUUCAGAGCUCUUUCCUUUGCAAAGUUAUACUAUGAAAGGAGGAAGCCCUCGAAAGGAUGUAAGGCACCAUUGUCCCAUGUUGAUUGCUCAGUGGCAACAUGCUGUGACUCGCAAGGAUGAAACACAGAAGUUUUCUUUCGAAGAUUUCAAGGAGCAUUGUGGGAAUCUUACAAUACCAGCAGACAGGUUCUUGCAUGAGAUAGCCUUUAAGCUUUGGAAAGCUCCGAAGUAUGGAGCCUAAGUUCAUUUUCAUUUCAAGCCUCUUGCCAUAGCAGCAGAGUUCAAUCUACUUAACUUCUAGUGUUAACAUGUCUGGCACCAAUUGCUGGUCAAAUGUUGAUAACAUGUUUAUUUUCAUGGCUUUUACUUUCCAAAUAUUUAUACUGCCAUCUCAUGAGUAUUUCACGAGUUUUAGGCCAAGCUUUACAGAUGUUCCAACUACCAAUCUCAUGAGUAUCUAACGAG